GAGCAGCGUCACUCGUCCACGCGCUGUUGUUGUGAUUGACAGACGGACGGGACUGGAGUCAUGCUGAACUUUCGCUUUGCUCCUCUCUCGCUCCGUCUCAGUUAUGAUUUAAAGUGAUUAAACCAACGAUGUCCGAGAUAUUGAUGAAGGAAAUGGAGAGCAUAUCGAUCGGUCCGGUGAAGGCGGAGGAGCGGGCGGACGGUGUCCGGAGCUUCCUGCUGGUGGACGAGCAAGAAAACCUGCAGGUCCGCGACGAGUCCGACUUCGUGGACAGACUUGGGUGUGGGGACGUCGCGGGCGUCAAGGUCCUCUCCAUCUUCGGCAACACUGGCGACGGCAAGUCCCACACCCUCAACCACAUCCUGUUCGGCGGCGAGAGCGUGUUCUUCACCUCCAAGUCCCCCAGUUCCUGUACGGUGGGAGUGUGGGCCGCCUACGACCCUGACCUCAGCCUGGUCGCCCUGGAUACCGAGGGCCUGCUGGGAGCUGCGGCCAAUCAGAACCAGAGGAUGCGGCUGCUGCUGAAGGUAAUUUUAGUGUCUGAUAUCGUCAUCUAUCGUACACGAGCCGAACGCCUCCACAACGACAUGUUCCACUUCCUGAGCAGCGCCUCCAGGGCCUACCUGAAGCACUUCACCCCGGAGCUCAGGGCCCUGUCCAGCCGCUGUGGCCUGGACGUGCCCCUCUCUUCUCUGGGUCCGGCCGUCAUCGUCUUCCAGGAGACGACGCACACUCAGCUGCUGGGUCAUGACUCCAAGAUGGCCGGCCACGCCGACACGCUGCUCCAGAAGCGGUUCCACGACCUGGAUCUGGGGACGGAGGCCUUCAGCUCGGUGCAGUACGUCGGUACCCAGACCAUCAGGCCUCCCACCAACUACACCAGCCUGCUGGACGCCGUCAAGCAGCAAGUGAAGAACACCCACACCCGCUCCCCCCGCCAGCCCGGCAUCGUUUUUCACGCCCUGGAGGCACUGAGCGAGCGUUUCCGUGGCGAACUGUCCGACGACAAGAUGACGCUGUACUCCUUCUUCCCAGACGAGUACUUCACCUGCUCCGCCGUCUGCCUCAGCUGCAACAUUCGGUGUAAAAACGGGAUGAACCAUCUCAGAGACAGAGUCCCACACAUGGCGGAUGGACUCUGCCAGUAUGCACACCAGUUCAACAACAAGGUCCUCAUCUGCAAACGAUGCUAUGAAGGAGGCCGGGAGGUGAUUGUUGUGCCCAAGACGUCAGCGUCCACCGACAACCCCUGGUUUGGACUGGCCAAGUACGCCUGGUCAGGUUAUGUGUUGGAGUGUGCGAGCUGUGGUGUGAUCUACCGCAGCAGACAGUACUGGAUGGGAAACCAGGACCCCGAGAGCAGCGUGGUACGAUCUGAGGUCAAGCACGUCUGGGAGGGGUCGGACACCUUCCUAACCAACCACCAGAACGCCGCCCAGAGGGUCCUGGAUGGGAUGAACUUUGUGAUCCAGUCGGUAUCGGAGUACAGCACCGGCCCCACCAAAGCCGUCGCCGCCUGGCUCACGGACCAGGUGGCGCCUCCUUACUGGAGACCGAACACAGAGAUCACAGCCUGUCACGGCUGUCAGAAGGUGUUCGAGGAGGCGGAGAGGAAGCACCACUGCAGGUCUUGUGGCGAGGGUUUCUGCCACCCCUGCUCCAGCCACAGGAUGCCGGUGCCGGAGAGGGGCUGGGGCACGGGACCCGUCAGGGUUUGUAAGGCCUGCUACCGCCAGGGAGGUCCACCGGACACCAACAGUCAGGUGUGUAAGGUGGAGCCUCGUGGUCUGAUAGCUCGCCGGGUGACGGAGGUGGCUCAGUCGACGCUGGACAUGGUCACCACAGCUGUGGACUAUCCUCUCUGUUUUGUGAAGGACGUGGCCCGUCCGGACUACUGGGUGCCAGACCAGGACAUCACCCAGUGCCACCAGUGCUCCAAAACGUUCACCCCGGUCAUGUCGAAGCACCACUGUAGGGCCUGUGGACAGGGCGUGUGCGGACCCUGUUCCACGCAUUUCAGGCCUGUGCCUUCCCGAGGCUGGGAUCACCCUGUCAGAGUGUGCGACAGCUGCCACGCCCGGACCGACAGUCUGUGAUUCCUGUUUUGUUUAAUUUUUUUUUUUUAAACGACUUCUCAGAAAGUGCACUCAAGUCUUCCUCUGAUCCAGAAAAACACUGUGAAUCCUGGCUCUGCGAACAAGAGGGGAUCGACUUAACAGCACUAAAAUGGCAGAACUGGAAUCAGCCUUGUUUUUUUUAGUUGCUUGUGUGUAUGGCUCUUCUGCCUUCCUUGACCAAACACAACCUUCACUACAGCUUCAAGAUUGACUGGACGAAUAUUUUUAACUGACCCGUGGCAAUUUUAAAAAUGAAGACUUUAACAAUUCCCCUCUGUUCUUUUUACAACGGCAGAGCUUGAACUCUCAAUUUUAAGAGUUUAAAGGAUUUUUAGUACCAAGCCCGGCGAAGAGGGGGUUUGAAACUGAUGGAUAUGUGGUAGAAAACACAUCCAGAGGAGUUCAGACUUUGCGUACAUCUGCGUUACUCAGGGCAGGAAGCAAUGCAAGGUGUAAAAAACAAGAGCUACAGCAGCGUGUGCCUUUAUGGGAACUUUGAUUCCUGUUUCUGUAGCCCUGUGCAAGGACUAAUGAGAUUAUUUGUGCCUAAUUACAGAGCCUUGCUCCUCUAACUCUUAAAGUUGUAUCUACAAUAUGGUGAAAUGCAUAGAAAGAUAAAAAACCUGUAGCGUAACAACACAUUAUAGACAUUCCAAUAUAUGGAAAAAUACCUGUGUAUUAAUGUAGAUUUACCUUUCUGAUGUUAACUGAUGCCUCAGAAAGAUGUUUUAAUAUAAUGAAAUCACCUGCACUAAACUGGACAAUUUCUUUACUCAUAUAAAAAUAUAAAAUCACUUGUGAAUGUAAGGUACAAAUUAUAAACUCAUUGAUGGAAAAUGUUACUUUCUUUAAAAGGGAGGUUCUCUGUAAUGUAAUCGAUGCAUUAAUGCUGUUAUUUCUUUCCAUGUCUAUAAAUAACCAAUUCAAAUUUAAAGUUGUUUUCCAGUUAAAUCCAGCAAUUGACAAUCUUGGUUUUAUUUCUUUGGCAAAUCAGGCUCAUCCAAAUAAAGAAAAUCAAGAGACA